UGGGUAUCCUUCCUGGUGGCUCGACAGGAAACACAAUGGUUUAAGAUACACUGCAGAACGGGAGGCAGACAGGCGACAUCAGGGAGCGGCUACUGCAGUCUGUGUGUGCGUGUGUGUGCGUGUGUGCGCGCAUGUGAGUAGCUGUGUGUGUGUGCGCGUGUGAGAGAGAGAGAGAGAGAGAGAAAAGAAGGAAGAAGGAAAGAGAGAGAGCGAGCAGUAAGAGUGACUGAAUGAGGUAGGGUAUGCUGGUACUGUCAGUAUGUGUCUCUUUAAGGCACGGUGGGUGCCGGUCUGGUGUCUCUGCAGUGCCACUCAUUUGCAGUACUCUGCAGCUAGAGUGCUCACUCCCUCAUUCAUCCCUCUUUCUCUCUCAUACAUACACACCUCUCUUCCUCCCUCGUUCUCCAUCCCUCUCUUUCUCAUUCCCUCUUCCCUUCUUUCACCUGACUGUGGAACAGAAGCCAGAGCAGCGCUGCUGUAGCCAGAUUCCUGAGUCAGUGUGUCUGCAGUCAAAUGGGAGGGCGGUAGCAUUAAUGGCUAGCCUUUGCUAACUCGACAGGAGGGAGAACAGGACAUUGUGUGUUUCAAAGAGGCUCUAAGUUGGCUCAGGGGCUGCCAACAUGGCUGCUGCCAUCCAGGACUAUCAAAGGAGUGAGCAGGAUCGUCUAAAUGAGGUCAAGGGUCAUCUGGAAAUUGCCUUACUGGAGAAGCAUUUCUUACAGGAGGAGCUGAGAAAGCUACGAGAGGAGACCAAUGUGGACAUGCUGAAGCAGGAGCUGGACAAGGAGCGGGGCAAGCGGCUCGAACUCGAGCAGAGGAUGACCGAAGUGCUCAAGACCAGGCUGGAAGAUUCUCCUCCUCAGCCUCCACGUAGGCAGCAGUCACCCUCGACCAGUGAAACAGAGAAACAGACCGUGCAAACGGAGAAAGAGACCGUGUGCACGAGAAUGCAGAGGUGGCUGUAUGACCGGUUUGGCGUCUACAUCGAGGACUUUCGCUUUCAGCCUGAGGAGACAACAGUGGAGGCCGAAGAACCACUAAGUGCUAAAAGGUUAACAGAAAAUAUGAGGCGCCUCAAACGAGGUGCCAGACCUGUCACAAAUUUUAUGAAGAACCUCUCCGCCUUAUCCAACUGGCAUUCUGUCUACACAUCAGCGAUUGCCUUCAUUAUCUACAUGAAUGCUGCGUGGCAUGGCUGGGCCAUUCCCAUGUUUCUGUUUUUAGCCAUUCUGAGGUUGUCCUUGAAUUACCUCAUCGCAAGAGGCUGGAGAAUUCAGUGGAGUAUCGUGCCUGAAGUCACAGAGCCUGAGGAACCUCUAAAGGAAGACUUAACAGUGUCUGAAAAGUUCCAGUUAGUUCUUGAUGUUGCACAAAAAGCACAGAACCUUUUUGGUAAAAUGGCAGAUGUUUUAGAGAAAAUUAAGAAUUUGUUCAUGUGGGUGCAGCCAGAGAUCACUCAGAAGCUGUACAUCGCUCUGUGGGUGGCCUUCAUCUGCUCCUGUGUGCUUCCCUACAAACUCGUGGGCUUUCUCGUAGGGUUGUAUGCAGGCAUUAAGUUCUUCAUCAUCGACUUCCUGUUCAAGAGCUGCCCCAAACUGCGGGACAAGUAUGACACGCCACGCAUUGUGUGGAACAACCUCCCCACAGACCCGCAGCUGAAGGAGCGCAGCAACGCCACCGUUUCCAGACGGCUGUCUGCUGCGGAAAAGGUCCAACCGGUGGUUUCACGAAGUAGCCUAGCAACGGUCCCCUGUGGUGUCAGCCGUGAUGAGGAAAGUAGCCGCUCGCACAACCCCAAGAAGGGGGCCUUCCACGAGGUCUUCAAUCUAUCUGAGAAUGAGCGGCCCUUACCAGUGUGUGAGAAUGGCUGGAGAUGCUGCUUAAUCAACAGAGACAGGAAGAUGCCCACAGACUACAUCCGAAACGGAGUCCUCUAUGUCACAGAAAACUACCUGUGCUUUGAGAGCUCGAGCUCCAGGUCAGGCUCUUCAAAGAAGAACAAAGUCAUCAAGCUUGUUGAUAUCACAGACAUACAGAAGUACAAAGUCCUGUCUGUUCUGCCUGGCUCUGGAAUGGGGAUUUCCAUUGCUACUCCCUCUACUCAGAAGCCCCUGGUGUUUGGUGCCAUGAUCCACAGAGACGAGGCCUUUGAGGCGAUCUUCACCCAGUACAUGAAGAUUAUGACCACAGCCGGUCCUGAGACCUAGCGUCUACCUUCGAGGGCAGCCAUGGGUGUCCGCUAGCACUGCUGCGCCGUUGGGCCGUGGGACUGGUCGAUGUCUUGUCCACUCUCCCUGUCUCACUCUGCUAAUCUGGGCUCAGGGCCAUGGCACACUGUCUCACUGUCUCACUGUCUCCCCCCCCCCCCCCCCCCCCUCUCUCUCGCUUAGUCUAAGCCUGGUCAUGCCCAGUUGCCAUCCCUGACACGGAGGGAGGGACGCCAGGCUCCAUGUGACAUGGGAGCACAUUCCUGUUCCGACUUUGGUGUGUGUGUGUCUGUGUGGGUGUGUGUCUGUGUGUUGUCUCUGUCUACAGGACUGGACAGGCCGAUUCUUUUUAAACACGUGACAUUUCAUCCUGGAGGGAGGCUGGAUCUCCUUGCCUGCCAGAUUUUGUGUCUCUUUCACUUUCGAGUGUGGAUGUGAUUCACAGAGAAUGUGAUCUGUGUGAGUGUGAGAGACUGAACGACUGAGUGUGUUCAUUUUCCUGUCUAAUGUGGUUCUGUUAGAGUGUGAUUAUCACUGCUGGUCUCGCACGGGGGAUAUGGGUUAUUACAUAGGGGACACAGAAAAUUGUGCAAAUGACAAAACAAGUGAAGCCUUUUUGUAAGUUUACAUUGUUGCUGUGUGUGUGUGUGUAUGAUAUCUCUCAUUGCAGCAGCAGUGCGCUUCAGGUGUCUUUUUAUGUCAAAAUACUACAGACUCAUUCAGCUGUGUGGGUCUGUGUAGUGACUUACAGGUAUGACGUUAUUUAAAUGCCUUUCUUUUGAGCCAUCGGUAUUUGUGUUGUUGUUGUUGUUGUUCUUGUUGGAGCACUUGGAAAGAAUGCUGUGAGCAGAUUGAACGAACUUGUCAGAGACUGAAGCACAUGUGUAGGAAGUGGUUACUUCUAGUAACGUAACAGGUCACCCACAUUUUAGUUUGUGCUAUGAAUGACCAAUCAUUUCAACCUGCCAACAGUACAAAUCCAGUAGGAUAGGGUGUCCUCAGUGAGGUUAGGAGAAAAUGUUUCAUAUGAACUACGUAUUUACUGUAGCUGUACCUUAGCUGGAAAUAAGGAGUUAUGACUGAAAUUGAGCUAUAUGUGCACUAUGAUUGCUGUUGAAUUUCUUAUUCUUUAUUGCAUUGUGUUUGUCUCGAAAGAUCAGAAAGAACGAACAAUGACUUUCUGACCACAAAGGAACUGACCAAGACAUAAGUGUAAUACAUUAUUUCAAUUGUUUCUUAAUUGGGCAGGUUAACACUGUUUGGAGGAUGAGUAAAAAGGCACACCACCAAGCACAUCGGUUAUUAUGUCACCUGCAGGACAUAUUCAUCUCAUUACAUUCACAGAGAUAAUGAAUACAGUAGAACUGAAAGACGCAUUGUAAACUGGGACAUGCAGUCAACCAAAUACUGUAUUAGUGUCAGCUUGCUUAGCCACGCACACAUUUAGUGGUCUGAUUUAAGGGUAUUUGUGCAAAAACAGUCCUGAGAUCACUGUGUUGGCCACUGUUAUGAUUAUUUACCUGUCAAAAAGUUAUGGUAGCUCACUGGAGAUGUAACAUAGGGAAAACUACCACAUAAAUUCUUAGAAGAUGCUAAUCAAGUUUGGGUAAUUAAUAUUCAAAAUAUUAAAAUUAGGUAGAGCUCACAAUCAUUUCUAUUUAGAUCUUUGUAAAAGUUUCAAGCAUUUUAACCAUCUUAUGUAUACUUUAAGUAAACAUAACAUAAAGCCGUAUGUGAAAAGGGCACCCACCUUAUCAAAGGCAUUAAAUGCACAAAUGAUGUAGUGUGAUAUUCUGGAGGAAGCUCCUGCUUCCUGAUGGGUAGGACCUUUGCAGUCUUGAUUGGAUUGAUGUAGUGUUGACAUGUACUGAAGACCGUUAAUAUACUCUCCAUUUACAUUUGAACAGAAGUAGAACCUAACUGAUACAGGAAAACACUUAAUGGGGAUCCCCAAUGUAGAUGGGUUAAGACAUAAAAAUGUACCCAUAGUUUGUUAUAAUUAUUCCACUAUAAUGGUCACAUUGAACCGUAAAUAUAUCAAAAUUAAAGCACUUCUCAAUGUCUGGGGAGGAUCUGGACACAAAGUUAGUCCCUCGAUCACAGGCAUAGAAGCACAGAAUGUAUUGUGUGAGCAAUAGUUUUGCCAAAUUUUGUUUUCUUCUGCUUUUUCACUGGCCAUUUUUUGCCUAACUGUGAUGUUUACGAAGGGCUGAGACUAAGCCCAGAUUGUGUAGAAGUCUGUCUGAAUCCUCCGCACUGGACAAGGGUUAUGAAGACUGGACAAAUAUCUCUCAGAAAGAGCCAUGGGGACAUUUCCAUGACCACUCAGUAUAGCUCUAUGGCAGCCCUGUGUUCAUCAUUGCAUAACAACAGGCCUUUCCUCUGAUGUUGAAUUAAAAAAUCUCAUUAAAACAUACAGUCAUUGUGCAGGCAACAUGACUUGAUUAGUUGUGGUCUAGUUGAGAGAUUUCUUUUGAAUUGUAAUCAGAGUAUAGCCAGGCCAUUCCCAGCCCUGUCUGGAGAUGAUCACAGCUUGUUCUAGAGACUCCUAGUGCUUCAUGAGUGCCCAACACUGGUGUAUUUGUGUGGCCCUCUAUGUUAACACAAGUAUUUGUUCUGUGUGUAAAUGUUCUCCCAAGUAUUUUCAUAAUAGUCUCAUACGGUAUCACUGUAAAGCUUCAUUUACUAAUGUCAUCUGAGAGAUGUGAAUUAUUAUUUGUCAUCAGUGUCAUCGGUGUCCGAAGACAAAUGACUAUGAAGUUUAUAAUAAAACAAAUCUGUAAUAAAGAUGUUCGGUUUUUAAAUGACA